AUGUAUUGCCAAAAGUGCCGCGCUCCGCUUAAGCUAGAUGGAUCAUUAGCAGACCUAAACCCAGCUGCAUUUGAUCUACUCGUUGCUACGUCCUCCCAGCAGCAUCCGAAGCGAUCGCCUUCUUCCCGCUUAACUUACCCCAACGAUACUGAGAGGAGAGCACUAUAUGAUAGAGUAUCUAAGGAUGCCGGACCGGCAACCUUUAAAAGAAAUAGCAGUGCUUUGCGUGGCGAUGGCCAACCUCGCGAUAGUUCCGCCAUGUCCUUCGUCCUCCUUACAGAGUCUCAAGUAGCACCUCCAAGGCUCACUCCUCCGGUAGAGUCCCAAACUCCGAGGCAGCAACGCCGAACAUCGAUGUCCAGUGGCCAACGUAAUGACGGAAGGAAACCUACGCAACCCCACGAAGCCGAGCGCGUUAAUAAACUUUUCGAGAUCUUAUCCGCGCGUUCAGAUAUAGACCAUCCCGUCUGUGUUGAAUGUACGGAGAUGUUAGUAGACGGGCUCCAGAAGAAGCUAGAAUCCACAGCACGGGAACGAGACGCUUACGCAGCUUUCCUCAAACAAGUCCAGGCCGAUGUACCCAGCGAGGAGGACAUUGUCGAAUCAGAAAAGGCUGUGGAAAUAGCGCGCAAGGAAGAGCAAGAGUCAUUCAAGCAGCUAUUGGCGCUAGAGAAAGAAAAGGCGACACUUGACCUCGAAAUUGCAGCUCUCGAGGGGGAGUCGCAGGCACUAGAUGCCGAGGAAGAGCAGUUCUGGAGAGAACGCAAUGCAUUUGCAGUAAAGCUCUCUGAGUUCCAGAACGAAAAAGACAGCAUAAAUUCCAAGUUCGAUUACGACUCGCAGCUCCUUACGAAACUCCAGCGAGCAAACGUCUAUAAUGAUACAUUUUCAAUACACCAUGAUGGUCACUUCGCGACAAUCAACGGGCUUAGGCUGGGUAGGUUAUCAGCAAAGCCCGUAGAUUGGCCGGAAAUCAAUGCCGCUUGGGGCCAAGCAUUGCUACUGGUCGUCACCGUUGCUGAUAAGCUAGGGUACAAAUUUGAGGGAUACGAGCCGUUGCCCAUGGGCUCAACAUCCAAGAUUAUCCGCUACGAUUACCCAUCUCCAUCUGCCAGUCGACUAGGCGGACACCGAAGCGGGCCUCCACCAGGACCCAAGAAGACCGUACUAGAGCUAUUCUCCUCAGGCGACCUUCCCCUGCAGAUGCUGUGGAACCGCAAGUUCGACCAAGGAAUGGUGGCUUUCUUAGAGCUCGUAAGACAGCUCGGGGUCUUCGUCCAUCAGCAGACGAAAGAAAGCAGCAGUCGGGGCGAGUACGCAGCAAACCCGCUAGCGCUCCCUUACAAGAUUGAGGGAGACAAGAUCGGCGACGACCGGAUAGGCCACUUUAGUAUUAAGUUGGGCAUGAAUAACGACGAGAGCUGGACCAAGGCAUGCAAGUUUGCUCUUACAUGUUGCAAGUUUCUGAUCGCACACGCGAGCAACGUGAGUCACAUAUCAAACGUACGUUGA